AGCAUAAUUUGUUUAACUGAACUCCCGUUCAUCUUGGAAGCAUAAAAAAAGUCCAGAAGUGUAAUUMAAGAAGAGCUAAAAAUCAUCACAAUGGAAGCUGUAGGGCUGUCAGUGAAGGAGGACUCUUUGUUGGUUGACCGCAAACCUCUUAUAACUUGUAAAGUUUGUGGCGACAGAUCUUCAGGCAAACACUACGGUGUAUUCACUUGUGAUGGAUGUCGUGGAUUCUUCAAACGAAGUAUAAGAAGGAAUCUAACGUAUCAAUGUAAAGAGCAAGGCAAUUGUAUAGUUGAUGUAGCGAGACGAAAUCAGUGUCAAGCUUGUCGUUUGAAAAAGUGUUUCAACGUAAAAAUGAACAGAGACGCUGUACAACAUGAAAGGGCGCCUCGCUCAGCACAAGUUCUUCCACGAACCACAACCUCAACCACAAUUGUAAGCCACACUUUCUGCGAUCCUGUGCGAGAAAGGAAUUCUCUUCCUCCUCAGAAUCUUCCUCAACCUCCGAACCAUGAACCCAAAGAGGAAAGAGACAACGAAACAAAUCCGAUUACCCACAGUCCUGCGCGAUCAGAAACAAACUCAUAUUCACCUCCUGGCUCGCCCUCUCUGCAGUAUCAUGGGCAGAAUAACAACGUCUCUCCUGAUUCUUCGACAAAGAAAAACAGUUUUUUGUCCAUUACAAGUCUUCUAGAUUCAAAAGAGGGAAAAAAGAGUCCAUCUACAAGCCAGGGAAACUCUCAGUCUUCUCCUAGAAAUGCAGAGAAUCCCAUGAACUUUGACAUGCCUCAAAUGUACGAAGGACGACCAGAAAACGUGUACGAAUCUGCUGUCCAAUUACUGUACAUGUCAGUGACCUGGGCAAGAAACAUUCCUACAUUUCUUGACCUUCCUUUCAGAGAUCAAGCCAUCUUGCUCGAGGAGGGCUGGAGCGAGUUGUUUGUGUUGAGCUCGGCCCAGUUCUCUCUGCCAUUAGACAUGGGGCCUUUGCUGUCUGCAGCUGGACUGCAAGUAGAUAGAGCUCCUACCGACAAAAUCGUAGCUGGAAUGGCCGACAUACGACUUUUGCAAAAUAUUGUUACGAGGUUCAAACGAUUGCAGAUUGAUUCGACGGAGUAUGCAUGUCUCAAAGCUAUCGUUUUAUUCAAACCAGAUCUACGAGGACUUCGAGCCCCUCAGCUUGUAGAAAGACUACAAGACCAGGCCCAGUCCAUGCUCGGUGAAUAUUGCCGCUCGCACUAUCCAGACCAACAGGUCCGUUUUGGCAAGUUACUCUUAAUGCUUCCUUCACUAAGGGCUGUUGGACCUAAGAUGAUUGAGGACCUAUUCUUCAGGGGAACCCUGGAUAAUGUCCCUAUUGAGAGAAUGCUCUGUGAUAUGUUCAAAUCUAGUUAAAAUGUGCYCACUUGCACAGAGARUAUGGGACCAAUCCUGAUGGGACAUUUACCUGAGGCAAACCACUGCACUUAUAUUGGAAUAACUGUAUAAUAUGAGAACCUAUUUCAAUGUCGCAAAAGAAAAAGAUAGGAUUGAAUCGCACCACAAGGCCGACAAGGCGUUUUGAAAAACGUGAAAUCCUGAACAAAUUGAAAUAGCCAAUAUGCACUCGUAAUAUUAGAUGAUUGAUAACUAAUAGGGAAUAAUAUUAAAUCAAUAUAAUUUUAUUGUACAUAACAGGCUUACUAAAAAGAUUUAGCUUGGAUUUUCAGCUUUUAUUUGUAGUUUACAUUUAGUUAAUGUUUCGCGUAUAUAUAUUACAGUUUAGAUGUAACGUUUAGUGUUGUGCGUCGUUAGACAUGCAUUGGAUCCAAAUUCACAAUUUAGCACAAAUUUCUACGCGUAUUUAAUAAGGACUGUACGGYCAAUUUUGCAAACUAACAGUUUUUAGCUCUUUUAUUGGUAUUUAUGGCGUUUUAACCUUAAAGGCAACGCUAAUGUUUUUGAAAAUAGACAAUUUUUCGCGUUUWAUCACUGGUGCAACAUGACUCGAUUUUUUAUUGUCAUCCACUUUGCGGAUGUCUUUUUUUAGUGUCAUAAGAAAACUUAGCAUAAUUUUUAUGUACGUUUUGAUACUUUUUUAGGCUGCUUUUGUAUUUUUCMCACGAUUUUUGCUCAAUAACAUGCAUUUCCUUUUGUCUGUACAAUGCUGAGGUUGUACUUUUUGUAUGCACUUUGUACAAGUCACGAAAGAUCAAACGUUUUCAUAUUUCGGUAGGCAAGUUGCACUGAUUUAAAUCAGUAUAAUUUUUAAAAAAGAACAUUCUUAAUUCUACUUUUGACUUUUUACACAUUGUUUUGUAUCUUUAAUUAUUAUUUGCAAAUAAAYAAAAAACUGUUAGUUCAUACUUCCAGCAUUCAGCGCAUUCAGAGAGAAAAUGGUAAACAAGGCAGGUCAAACAGAGUAGCUAAACCAACUCUUUAUAAUACUAAUAUACUGAUAAAAUGUAGCCUAUUUUAGUCAUUGCUUUGAAACAAGAGCUUAAUAUGUAUAUAAUAGAGAAAUAAAAACAAUUAAAUGAA